AUGCCACAAUGUGGACACUUGCAAGUGCAUUACCACAACGAUCAUGCAGACCAAGUUCAACCAAAAGUCCAAAAAGGCCAGAAAUUUCUAGCAGAACCUCGCCAAGUUACUACGAGACCCACAUUGUCUGAAAAGGGCGUGAUUUGCGCGACGGGCAUUGUUUGUGUAACCGGUCGCACAGGCUCAUCGUGGUUUCGCCCAUGCCAUCACCCGUCUCUGCAGCUCGUUCAACAACACCCGCCUGCCCACCUCAUAGGGCAUUUGCAUCAACAACAGCUCCUGGCAGAGCAGAUGGAAAAUGGACGUUAUGUUGGAGGAAAUGACGAGAGUCUGAUGGUAGAGCAGCUGCAAAUGCAGUAA